AAAUCCAAAAAGGAAAAAAAAGGAAAAAUCCCGUCGAGACAACUCGCCGAGCCGCCACCCCUGGCCGCCCUGCCCGCCCGCACGGCCUUCUCCUCCGGCGACGGCGCCUGCGGCGGCGGAGCCCUUUGGGGGAUCCGCUACCCAGCUCGAUCCCCGCUGAGCCCCCCUCGGGCCGCGCCCCGGCGCGCGGGCCGAGAUGCGGAAGAGGAUGGAGAGCGUGGACGAUCUGAUCGAGGAGGCCAAGCUGCGCACCGUCGGGUGGGCGCUCUGCGUCUUCGCCAUCUCCUACUUCCUCACGCAUACAAGUAAAUCGAUGUGGACAAAUGUGCCCAUGUCAAUCCUUAUACUUGCAUUUCUCCGAUAUCUCUCCUUCAAAGUGGAGUUCCGUUGGAGGGAGCAGCCUGCACGGAAGCAUACAUAUUUGUCUCAAGUGUCAAAGAAACAGUUAUCUGCUAAUGAUCAUCGUCUUUCAACUGUGCCACCGGUUUCAAGAUGGAGAAGGAAAGUUGGCUCACCUUCCGUUGAGGCUGCUUUUGAAAGUUUCACUGACAAUAUUUUGAGGGACUUUGUUUUAGACUUGUGGUAUUCAGAUAUCACUCCCGACAGAGAGGCCCCAGAACUGAUACGUGGCUUAAUACUUCAUGCUCUUGGUGAAGUAUCAGGCAGGGUGAAAGAGAUGAAUCUAGUUGACUUACUAACAAGGGAUAUGGUUGAUUUGAUUGGCGACCAUUUAGAUAUUUUUCGGAAAAAUCAAAUUCUAAUUGGUGCUGAUGUUAUGAGGACGUUGUCUUCCGAGGAAAGAGAUGAGAGACUGAAGCAGCACCUAAUAGUUUCACAGGAACUUCAUCCAGCACUGUUAUCUUCAGAGCAUGAGUACAAGGUUCUUCAAGAAAUUGUGGGGGGCAUUAUGGCUCUAGUUUUGAGACCACAAGAUGCUCAGAGUCCACUAGUUCGCUGUUUCUCCAGGGAAUUGAUGACCUGCCUUGUCUUGCAGCCAGUGAUGAACUUUGCAAGCCCAAUCUAUAUGAACGAGUUAAUUGUCUACCUUCUAAACAACAAUGACGCGAGCAAUGUAGGAGGCAAUGCAAACAUGGCUAAUACUGGAACUGUGACAGUAGUGCAUGAUCAUCCAUCUUACAAAGGCAGUUCGCAAGGUUCUCAAAAGGAAUCGAGGAAUUUGACUGUAGAACCAAGUGGCUUAGUUCCAGGAAAUAAUUCUGGCAUGAGGACACUUGUUACUUCUGAAGGUGGAAAGUCAAAAGUGUUGCAGGAUGACCAUGACAGUGCCAUCCAGCCUCGUCAGCCAGGCUGGGCAGUGGUAUUGGAUGCAGCUACUAAAAGAAGAUCAGAGAUUCUUGCCCCUGAGAAUCUUGAGAACAUGUGGGCAAUAGGAAGAAAUUACCAAAAGAAAAUGAUUAAAGCAGACCAUUCAUCGAGAUUGAAAGGUUCUGGUGGUUUAGAUAACGGUCCAAGUGCAGGGGCAGUGGGUAAAGAGCUAUCCUCUAACUUCAAUGAGAGAAUUGCAUCUGUUGAUGAUAAAUACAUGGUGAACAUGAUGCAUAGUACAAAUAGGAAUGUUCAAUCCACGUUUGUCACAGGCAGUCAUCCGCUUGCUUUACAAAAUAAGAAUGAAGUGAAAGCAAAAGAGGUGAAUCAAGUUAGUUACAGUAGCAAGGAAAAAACACAUGAAACCAGCAACAUUGCAAAAGAUCAACUAAAGCGGUCUAGUAGUACUCCUGAUAUAGAGAAAAGAUAUUUGGCCAAAAGUAACCAACCCAUGGUUUCCACUGAAAGUGGAAAUGCAAGGAAAAAUCAGGAUGAUAAGGUUUCUGGUCUUACCUCUCAUGGUGAGGUACUGUUGCAUGUUCCAAAGAUAAGAUGCAGGGUUGUUGGUGCAUAUUUCGAGAAACUAGGUUCAAAAUCUUUUGCAGUUUAUUCUAUUGCUGUGACUGAUGCAGAUAACAAGACCUGGUUUGUGAAAAGAAGAUACCGAAAUUUUGAACGUCUUCAUCGACAGCUGAAGGAGAUACCUAAUUAUUCACUGCAUCUACCUCCAAAGAGUUUUCUUUCAUCUAGUGUUGAUGAUUACCUUGUGCACCAACGAUGCAUUCUCCUGGACAAGUAUCUUCAAGAUCUCUUGUCUAUAGCUAAUAUUGCAGAGCAGCAUGAAGUUUGGGAUUUUCUUAGUGCAUCCUCCAAGAAUUACUCUGCAGGAAAGUCCACCUCUGUUAUGAAAACUUUGGCUGUUAAUGUUGAUGAUGCAAUGGAUGACAUUGUUCGACAAUUUAAAGGAGUUUCAGAUGGUUUGAAACGGGCGGUUGGCACAUCACCUUCUAGUGCAACUGCAGAAUUCAUAGAUAAUAGAAUGUUUCUACCUUGGAACCAAGAAGAGACAGAUAACCACAACGUGCAUCAUAAAAACUUGGAAAGGGUUCAUAGCCUUUCUGACGGUGAUAGUAACUACGAAGAUCUCACCUCAUCUGUAAAUAGUGGAUGCCACUCAGACAAUGAGGUGAAUAAUAAAGGACAUACUUCAAAUGAUAAUAAGCACAUCGAAACAUACACCAGUUUUGAUUCACAAGUUAGCGAACAAAUACAAAAACCUGUAAGGGCAUAUUCUGAUUCUUCAAACAUGUCAUCUCCGAAUACAUUCGAGGAUCCAACAGGAAUUCCUCCUGAGUGGAUGCCAACAAAUGUUAGCGUGCCUUUAUUGAACCUGGUUGAGAAGGUAUUCCAGCUAAAGCGACGGGGUUGGAUACGGAGACAAGUUCUUUGGAUAUCGAAACAAAUUUUGCAGUUGGUCAUGGAAGAUGCAAUCGAUGAAUGGAUUAUAAGACAAAUCAACUGGCUCCGAAGAGAGGGUUUCAUUGUUCAAGUAAUACAUUGGAUUCAAGAUACCCUUUGGCCUAAUGGUAUAUUCUUCACCAAGUUGGACGGUUAUAAAGGGAAUGCCGGCUCAAGUCAAUUUGACAAGCAGUCAUCUGGGACUGGGAGUGGCAAAAAGAGUGGUGCAAGCUCAUUUGAAUUUCAGCUUGAGGCAUCUAGAAAUGCUAGUGAAGUUAAGAAACUUCUUUUAGAUGGAACUCCAUCUACUUUAGUCAGCAUAAUUGGGUACAAGCAGUACCGACGUAGUGCAAGGGACAUGUACUACUUCCUCCAAUCUAACGUCUGCGUUAAGCAGCUCGCGUACGCAAUGUUAGAACAGGUAAUUAUGACAAUCUUCCCAGAGCUUCGUCAGCUAAUCGAUGACAUCCAUGAGAAGGGCCGCAAGGAGCAAGCCUCAUUCACAUACCAUCUGUGAGCCGACCCAAGAGACUGUCUCCUUGAAAGAGGCGCGUACCAUUUUGAACCUGCUUCCUUUGCUCUGCCGUUGGGUCCUGAAGCUGAAACAGAGAUGGUUGGCGAAUGCAUUUCCACAGCCCAAAGUUGGAUCAAGAAAGCACUUGUUGCUUAACCAAACCUAGUCUACCCCCACAAUGGUAUGUACAGAUGUAAAUCAGAAGCUGUGUAAAUUAGCGCCCCCUGAUGUAGUAAACCCGAACAACUUAUAGUGAGAUCCUGUAGGUGUUGAAUGUAUCGUAUCAUUCUUUAAUUCUUUGUUUUACCCAAGAUUUUAAGCUACCAUUUUGCUCUCCUAGGCUGAGGGUUGUAAAGUUCCGGAGAUUCAAGUGUAUAGGUGGUGUCCUGCGCAUUGUUUUGCCAAGGAAAUCAGAUCAUUCAAGCUGUAUAGAUA